AUGAUAUCACAGAGCCUUGAUCAUUCUCCCAACAACACCAACCACGACAUUGACGGCUAUUCCCGAUCAUCAAUCCAUAGUAACAAUGAUCAGAAAUCCCAACCUUCGUCUUCGAAGAACAAUUCCAAUCUCGGUAUCACAAGCGCCGGCUUAACGAUAUCAUCUCCACACAAUAACCACAACAAUAAUCAUACGAAAUUGUUGAUCCACAAUGACAAUAGUUCUCGUUCACAAAAACCUCUCAAAAGAAAUUAUUUUGGAAAAUCACACAUUAUUAAUAUUCAUAUGAGACCUGAUUUUGAAAAAAUUCUUGAACUGGGUGGAUCUGUUUUGGAAUGUUUUCGAGAGUUUGCAUCGAGUCAACAUGUAUUGGAAUCGUUGGAUUGUUUGUUGGAUAUUAAAAAAUAUAAACAAAUGAUUUUGAAAUUGCAAAAUGAAAAUCAGCAAUGGGAUGAGUCCAGAUCGAGUUCUUCGAAUACUUCGGCGAAUAGUGAUGAAAUUAGAUUGUUAAAUAAGGUAGAGAAUGAUAAAGUAUUGAACACAUCACAGCUGUCAGAAGUCAAUAUGUUGACUCCAACCACCAGUUCUUCACCAACCUCUGUGACACCUCAACGAAGCUCUGUUAGCACUUCCACGAACUCCAAACACUCCAAACGACCAUUCCUUACUGAAAAUUCUAACGAUAGAUCUUCAAAAGAAGAACAUGCCUUUCAUUUCGCUCAUGAUAUUCUUAAAAAGUAUAUCAAAGAAGAUUCCGAAUAUGGAAUUAAUAUCGAUGGCCUGACACGUAACAAUCUUCUCAAGCAUAAUUUAUUUUCUUCUGUAGAAAAUUUUAAACAAGUUGGAAUUUAUGAAUGGGAGACGGCUUUGAGUAUAUUUAAUCAAGUGGAACUUCAAUUAAUUCUGUUAUUGAAAUCAGAUGUUCUUCCUCGAUUUUCACAAUCUGAAAAGUGGCAACAUUUCGUUUUACAAAACGGAGAACUUGCAGAUUCAUGCUGUUAUGCAGAAGAUCUGGAGCGAGUCGAACGAUUGAAAUUUCGAAAACAGGAUUUCAUGAGAGAAUAUGUUUCACAAAAGGAAAUUGAUUUUUGUGAAAUGGCAGCAGGUGACAUGUCAUGCUUACAACACAUGCUUGGAACGAUCGAUUUGAGUGUUUUCAUUAGUAAGGGACAUCAAUUUGUGGAUAGUGAAGAUGUCGGUGUGGGGUCUUUUAACUUUGCAAAAGUUGUUGGAUUUUUACCAUUUUCAGCUGAAAUUGUCGUGUCAGCACAAUGUUCGACAUUUGCCACUAAAAAGUUUCUUCCCACGACCAAAUACGAUGCCCUUUCUGAGGACGGAAGUGAAGAUCCCUUUUUGAAAAAUUGUGAAAUGAUCGAUCCCAUGACAACAAAUGAAAAAGAUGCAUUUCCAAGUUGGUGGGUGAAAUUUAAUAUUGAAUAUCCAAAUCCUUUUGGAAUGAGGACGAGUUAUGCUGCAGGUUCUGUGUUUUUUGUGAAUGGAAAAUACAUUACAGUGAAUAAGGGAAUUCUUAAUCCUGAAAAAUUUCCUAGUAUUUAUACCUAUUUGAAAAAGAAUGGUAAAUUAACAUCAAAAAAGACAACCAAUGCUCUCAUGACAAGUAUUUAUGUGACCACACCAGUUUCGAGAGGACGUUGUCACAAUGUUCAUUUUGCAAUUAUUCACACAAGUGGUGUCUUACUGAAUUUCAUAGCUGGUCGUUUAUACAAACACAACAUUAGCAAAAUUAUUAAUCAAGGACAGCAAACAACCAUCAAAGAGAUUCUCGAACUUAAAAAGGAUCGAUAUCAAAAUAUUGAAGAUGGUUAUUUGAGAGCUCGAAAAUAUCUUGGAUUGACACUGGAGAAGAUGGGAAAACGACUUGAAACAGAUUGUCCAUUUCCGUCAUCAUUUCAACAACUUCAAGAGUUUGCAGAUAUGGAAUAA